AUGAUCUCACGGUCGGCGAUUGGUAGAAAUGGGCAGCUUGCCCUCCGCAGGCAAUGCUGUGUGAAGCCGACAAACCGACGUGGCCUAGCUGCCGUCUCUUCAGGAUCAACAUCAUUCUCGUAUGAGAAUGCGGAUGUCGGCGGCGUCAAAACUGCCAGCAGAGAUGUCGCAGGUCCUACUACGAAACUUGCGGUCAUUGCUAAGGCCGGAACGAGAUAUCAAUCGCUGCCAGGUCUUACCGUUGGAUUGGAGGGAUUUGCAUUCAAGAAUACCUUCAAACGAUCUGCUCUACGAGUAACGAGAGAAUCUGAGCUUCUUGGAGGUCAAUUGACCGCAUAUCACACCCGCGAAUCUCUUGUCAUCGAGGCCAAGUUCCUGCGAGAAGAUCUGCCAUAUUUCACGGAACUACUUGGGGAGGUUGUUAGUCAGACCAAGUACACUGCUCACGAAUACCAUGAGGAGAUCGAGCCACAGAUAAAGCUUGCCCAGAAGAAGCUCCUCGGUAGUGUGUCUGCUCUCGCUCUCAACUCAGCACACUCCGUUGCAUUCCACCGAGGUCUAGGGACGCCGCUAUAUCCUUCGUCCUCUACACCUCUUAACAAGUACCUGAAUGAGGAGUCAAUUCGUGACUUUGCUCAAUCCGCCUAUGCCAAGUCAAAUAUUUCAGUUGUCGCGAACGGAGCCAGCCAGCAGGAAUUGGCCAAAUGGGUCGGCGAGUUCUUUGGAGACGUUCCAGCGGGAGCAAGCCCAUUGUCAGGCGAACCAACGAAAUACUUUGGAGGAGAAGAACGUAUUGCCCACGGAUCAGGAAACUCAAUGGUCAUCGCUUUCCCUGGAUCCAGCUCUUUCACUUCCGGUAGCUCAUACAAGCCAGAAAUUGCUGUUCUUGCGGCACUUCUAGGAGGACAAUCAAGUAUCAAAUGGAGUCCUGGAUUUUCCCUUCUGUCCAAGGCCGCUUCCUCGUUCCCUGGCGCAAGCGCUAACACUACUCACUACUCCUACUCCGAUGCUGGACUGUUGACUGUCCAAUUCAGCGGUUCAGCAAACGCCAUCAGCAACGCUUCCAAGGAGGCUGUCAAGUCACUCAAGAGCAUCUCUGAGGGAUCCAUCAGCAAAGAAGACUUCACCAAGGCCGUGGCUCUUGCGAAAUACCGCGCGCUGGAAGAAGGCCAGAACAUCGAAGCCGGUCUUGUGGCAACUGGUGCUGGUCUCGUCCAUGGUGGACAGCCGUUCCAGAUUGACCAGGUUGGUAAGAGUGUUGAGGCUGUCAGCGCUGAUAAGUUGCAAGCGGCUGCAAAGGCGCUGUUGGAGGGCAAAGCAACAGUCUCAUCUGUUGGAGAUUUGUAUGUUCUGCCAUUUGCGGAGGAUCUUGGACUCAAGGUAUAG